GACUAUGAAAAGGUCCGUUGCCUGGGAAAUCGUCAGCCUGUUCGAUGAUCUCACGAAUAUAUCAAGGUUUACAAGCGCAUCGCUGAGAUCCUUGACGAGGCUGGUGACAAGGGCUAUGACGAUGGCUCGUACGGCCCCGUCCUCGUCCGUCUCGCAUGGCACGCUUCCGGCACCUACGACAAGGAGUCUGGGACCGGCGGCAGCAACUACGCAACCAUGCGUUUCGAGCCCGAGGCGCUGCACGGCGCGAACGCCGGCCUGCACAUAGCCCGCGGGAUCAUGGAGGGCAUCAAGCAGGAAUUCCCCUGGAUUUCCUACGGUGACCUCUGGACCCUCGGCGGUGUCUGCGCCAUCCAGGAGAUGGGCGGCCCCAAGAUCCCCUGGCGCCCCGGCCGCAUUGACGGCUUCACGCACCAGGCGACGCCCGAUGGCCGUCUGCCUGACGGUGCGCAAGGUGCUCAGCACCUGAGGAACAUCUUCUACCGCAUGGGCUUCAACGACCAAGAGAUCGUCGCGCUCUCCGGCGCGCACGCCCUCGGUCGCUGCCACCGCGACCGCUCGGGCUUCGAGGGCCCCUGGACGUUCUCGCCCGUGACGGUCUCGAACGAGUACUACCGCCUCCUCCUCGAUGAGAAGUGGAUUUGGCGUAAGUGGGACGGCCCGAAGCAGCUCCAGGACAAGUCGACCAAGUCGCUUAUGAUGCUCCCGUCGGACUACGCGUUGGUCCAGGACAAGAGCUUCAAGAAGUACGUCAACACGUAUGCGAAGGAUCAGGACAAGUGGUUUGAGGACUUCUCCAAGGUCAUCUCCACCCUCUUUGAGCUCGGUGUUCCCCGCGCACAGUUCGUCGCUUCUGACCCCUGGGUCAUGGGUGGCGAGGAGUAGACGGGUCAUCACCGUCCUGAAUGUUGAUGUGGGGUGACGUUGCUGGAAGGUACGCUUGCUAGACCUAGAGGUUGUUUGCUGGACCUAGACCUAGAUGCGAUGCUAGAGCUAGAGCUAGAGCUAGAGUUGGGUAGAGGUAUCUUUAUAACCAUAUAGCUAGCGGUGGCGGUCGAGGAUCUGUCUCGUAGUACUUGUCGUUCGCUGGGUGUUAUGAUCAGUGCUUAUGUUCUUCAGCGUCGAGCAACCCGAGUGCCGCAGCAAGAGCGCGAGACCAGAAUUAACAGACGGGAGGACAGCGAGCGCAUCGCUACGGCGCAGCGAGAGAGGCCAUGG